AUUCAAGUUUAUUAGCUCUCAGCGGCUCUCAGUUGUUCUCAGUUGCUCUCAGUCUUAUGAUUGCUGUUUUAGGAGAGUCCGAAAGUCAUGCGACUUCAAAUUUUCCGGUAACAUGGCAUCGCUCGACGACGAGCUUAAACCACAUUUCGUUCACGCGACUGAUGAAUUGGAAUGGGUUCCCUUGUCUUUGACUCUAAUCGAAUAUCCUCAAGGAGACAUAUUUGGUAAAUUAUUGGCCCUAAUAAGCUUAACACCCUUCGUUAUUUUGACUGGUUUUAUGACAUUGAUUCUCUUCAGAAGAGAUUUACAUACUAUUGCAUUUUUUAGUGGAAUUAUAUUGAACGAAUUUGUUAAUUUAAUAUUAAAACAUACUAUUCGUGAAGUAAGACCAUUAAAACGUGAUGGUAUUUACAACGAAUAUGGUAUGCCCUCUACACAUGCACAAUUUAUGUGGUUCUUUACCGCAUAUGCAAUACUUUUCAUAUGCAUUAGGUUACAUCACAAUAGUAAUAGCACAAUAUCUGAAAGGUUUUGGCGAAUAAUUAUUGUGGCUGCCUGCAUAAUAGUAACUGUUUUAGUGUCUUAUGGCAGAAUUUAUCUACAAUACCACUCAAUCUCCCAGGUUCUAUGCGGUAUGCUUGUGGGAGUCACUUUAGGAGUAGCAUGGUUUUUAAUCACACAUACAAUUUUGACUCCUUUAUUUCCCCUUAUUGUAUCGUGGCGUGUAUCAGAAUAUCUGCUGUUGCGUGAUACAACUUUAAUUCCAAAUGUAUUGUGGUUUGAAUAUACAAAUAUUCGUACAGAAGUUCGAGCACGUUCGCGAAAGCUUGUGUCUAUGAAAUCACAAUGACGUUUAAUGGCUGGCCAAUGGGCUAAUAGUAAGUAAACAAUUGUUGCCUUUAUAAUGAUAUAAUUGUGAUGUCGAGCAUCAUUCCAUUGAGUUAGCAGAACUAUACCACGAACCAUCAUAACUCUAUUAUAUAAAUAUUGCAUUUAUAAGUGGUAUUGAAAUGUACCAUUAGAAUUAUAAUAAAUAUAGAUAUGACCUUUGUAUAUUUCUAAAUCUUUUUUUUUACAUUUAUUAUAUGGUCAAUUAAAUGUUAAUUCCACAAACCAAUUUAUGCAUUAAUUUUAAUUGAUAAAAAAUUAAAAAAUAUCACAUAUAUAUUGUAUUAAUAUUUUUGGAAGUGCAUGGUAUCAUGAACUUGUAGGAGGAACAAGUUUUAUUGGUUUUUAAUGUUACGAAAAAAUGUACUUUGUAUAUAAAUAAAAUUUCUAGAAAAAGAA